AUGUUCAGACAAGUUGGUAACAGUGGGUCUCGCCUGGUCGCCCGGGCGGCGCUGCGGGCGCCCCGGGCGCUGAGAAGAUGGCAGCUGGCGGUGCCGCCGUCACAGCUGGCGCCCGACACCAAAGGCCGAGUGAUGCUGGCCCUUGGCGGCGCGGCGGUGGCGCUCGUGUUGGCUGGGGGAGCGGCGUACUACGCCACUCCCAAGACCCCCCAGGACAAGCUCAAGUUCGCCGCCAACCAGGCGAAGCUGAUCGCCGAGGACACCGCCGCCAACGUCGCCCAGGACUCGGCGUACCCCGCCGAGGUCCGCACCGCCGCCACUAAGGCCGCCGCGGCGUUGGGCAAGCUCGAGCCCGACCAAUUGGUGCAAAAGGGCGCCGACAUCGCCCAGCUGUUGUUGGCCGACGGCAAGGGCGCUUUACCCGACGCCGACGCCAUCGCCGCCGAGAUCCAGAAGCGGGCGCUCGAGUUGUGGGACUACGCGCCCCUGGACAUCAAGUACGCCGGCGAGGCGUUCUGGACGUCGAUCCCCGCCGAGAUGAAGCUGCUGGCGCAGCUGUUGUUGAACGCGAAGUCGCUCGCCGACGUCAAGAAGGCCUACGACGAGUUGAACGCCCAGGCGCUCAAGCAGGGCCAGGACUGGUUGCGCCAGUUGCCCCUGAAGGACGAGAUCAAGAAGUUCGCCGACGACACCUCGAAACAGUUGCUUGAGCAGGUCCCCGACGCCUACAAGGAAAAGGCGAAGGACUUGCUCGACUUGGUCCCCGAAGACUACGUGGAAAAGGGUAAGAAGGUGUUGGACGCCAGCGCCGACCGCGCUCUCGACGUCGCCGAACAGGUGCGCGACGCUGCGCUGGGUGCCGACUCCAUCACCGGCGCCGUGCUCAAGCUGAAGAAGGCGGUGACCUCGGCGGCGCUCGCCACUGCCGGCGACGUCGCUGGUGUCGCUAAGGACGCCAUCUUCGCUUCGGCCAAGGAUGCCGCUGUCAACAAGGCCAGCGACGUCGCUGACAACGCCGGCGACAAGGUGGCGCUGGUGGCGCUGAAGGUGGCGCCGGGGUCCGAGGACUACGUCAAGGACGCCACUGACGCCGUCAAGAAUACCGUCACCGAAACCGCCAACGAUGUGGCUGCUGGUAAGAAGACGCUCAAGGAAAAGGCCCACGAAAUCAAGGACGAGGCCAAGGACGCCGCCGCUCACGCCGCCGAUGCCGCCAAGGGCGCCGCUACCGAAGCACGCGGCGAGGCUAAGGAAGCCGCCGAAAAGGCUAAGCAAGGGUUCGGUGAAGCUAAGGAGACCGCGAAGGAAAAGCUCCACGAAGCUAAGGACGCCGCUAAGGAAAAGGCUCACGAAGCUAAGGACGCUGCCAAGGAAAAGGCCUCUGAAGCUAAGGAUGCGGCUAAGGAGAAGGCCUCUGAAGCCAAGGGCGCUGCCGCUGGUGGCGACGACGCCGAACAGAAGGGCGCCUACGACCCCGAGACUGGCGAGAUCAACUGGGACUGCCCCUGUCUUGGCGGCAUGGCCCACGGGCCUUGUGGUGAAGAGUUCAAGGAAGCGUUCUCGUGCUUUGUCUACUCCGAAACCGACCCUAAGGGCAUUGACUGCAUCAAGAAGUUCGAAAACAUGAGAUCGUGCUUCAAGAGACACCCCGAACACUACAAGGACGAAUUGUACGAAGACGCCGAGUAA